AUGCCCGCGACACACUACCUCCCGUCGUCCGCAAGGAACGCGGGAUCCGACGACGACCAUCUCGUCUGCCUCGACCUGCAAGAUGGUUCUUCAUACCAGGGCUACUGCUUCGGUGCCAACAAGACCGUUGCUGGUGAGCUCGUCUUCCAGACUGGCAUGGUCGGCUACCCAGAGUCUAUCACCGACCCGUCGUACCGGGGACAGAUCCUCGUCAUCACAUUUCCUCUCGUCGGCAACUACGGUGUCCCCUCUCGCGAGGCUAUGGACGAGCUUCUGGGCGACCGUCCUGCUCACUUUGAGGCUUCGCAGAUCCACAUUGCUGGUCUGGUCGUUGCCUCAUACGCCGGCGAGGACUACUCUCACUUCUUAGCCACCUCGUCUCUUGGCACUUGGCUUAAGGAACAAGGCGUGCCUGCCAUGUACGGAGUCGACACCAGAAACCUCACUGAGCGGAUACGAGACGAGGGUAGCAUGCUGGGACGCAUGCUCCAGCAGAAGCAACCUGCUGCAAACGGUGUCAGCGGCACCGCAGUUGCUAGCAACGGCAUCAAGGGCGACUGGAAGCCCUACUUUGAGGAGAUUGAAUGGCACAACCCCAACACCAAGAACUUGGUUGCUGAGGUUUCGAUCAAGGCUCCUCAGUUGUACAAGCCCCGGCCUGAAACCGCGCUCAAGCAUCCCUCUGGACGUCCUCUCCGAGUCCUGUGUCUCGAUGUCGGCAUGAAGAACAACCAGCUGCGGUGCUUUCUCAGCCGUGGCAUCGAAGUCUUGGUCUGCCCUUGGGACUACGACUUCUCUGCCCAGGCUGGUUCCGAAUACGAUGGUCUCUUCAUCUCCAACGGUCCUGGUGACCCCGCUGUCAUGCGGGAGCCCGUUGCCCAUAUCGCGAAGCUGCUGGAGGCGAACAAGACUCCCGUCUUCGGUAUCUGUCUCGGACACCAGCUUGUGGCCCAGGCCGCUGGCGCGAAGACUACCAAGAUGAAGUUUGGUAACCGCGGCCAUAACAUUCCUUGCACGAGCAUGGUCACCGGAAAGUGCCACAUCACUUCUCAGAACCACGGUUUCGCCGUUGAUGCUACGAGCCUGCCAUCUGAGUGGGCCGAGCUCUUCGUCAACGCCAACGAUGGCAGCAACGAGGGUAUCAUGCACAAGAGCAAGCCGUACUUCAGCGUGCAAUUCCACCCUGAGAGCACACCUGGACCCCGUGACACCGAGUUCCUCUUUGAUGUUUUCAUUCAGACAAUCUCAGAGUGCGCGAGGGAUCCCAAGCUCCUAAACGCCCCCGUCAAGUUCCCUGGUGGCACCAUCGAGGAGAACGAGCGCGCCCACCCUCGGGUGCACGUCAACAAGGUUCUUGUCCUCGGCAGUGGUGGUCUCAGUAUUGGACAGGCUGGCGAGUUCGACUAUUCUGGCAGUCAGGCUAUCAAGGCGCUGAAGGAGGAAGGCAUCUACACCGUCCUCAUCAACCCCAACAUUGCCACCAUCCAGACGUCCAAGGGUCUUGCUGACAAGGUCUACUUUCUGCCUGUCACGGCCGAUUUUGUGCGCAAGGUUAUCCAGUAUGAGAGACCCGAUGCCAUCUACAUUACCUUCGGUGGCCAGACUGCGCUCUCGGUUGGUAUCCAGCUCAAGGAUGAGUUCGAAGAGCUCGGUGUCAAGGUCCUUGGCACACCCAUCGAGACCAUCAUCACUACAGAGGAUCGCGAGCUCUUUGCUCGCAGCAUGGAGUCGAUCGGCGAGAAGUGUGCCAAGUCUGCCUCCGCCAACAACGUUGAGGAGGCUCUCCACGUCGUCAAGGACAUCGGUUUCCCUGUCAUUGUCCGCGCUGCUUACGCCCUUGGUGGCCUGGGCAGUGGCUUCGCUAACAACGAGGCUGAAUUGCUUGCUCUUUGCAACAAGGCGUUCGCUGUCAGUCCCCAGGUGCUCAUCGAGCGCAGCAUGAAGGGCUGGAAGGAGAUUGAGUACGAGGUCGUCCGUGACGCCCAGGACAACUGCAUCACUGUUUGCAACAUGGAGAACUUUGACCCCCUCGGUAUCCACACCGGUGACUCCAUUGUUGUCGCUCCGUCGCAGACGUUGUCCGACGAGGACUACAAUAUGCUUCGUACCACUGCCGUCAAUGUCAUUCGGCAUCUCGGAGUGGUCGGCGAGUGCAACAUCCAGUAUGCUCUCAACCCGUUCUCCAGGGAGUACUGUAUCAUCGAGGUCAACGCCAGACUGUCGCGUUCGUCCGCACUUGCCUCGAAGGCUACUGGUUACCCGCUCGCGUUCAUCGCUGCUAAGCUGGGUCUCAACAUCCCUCUCAAGGACAUCAAGAACAGCGUCACCAAGGUCACCUGCGCCUGCUUUGAGCCCUCGCUCGAUUACGUGGUUGUUAAGAUGCCUCGCUGGGAUCUGAAGAAGUUCACUCGUGUGUCUACCCAGCUCGGUUCCUCCAUGAAGAGUGUUGGUGAGGUCAUGAGCAUUGGCCGAAGCUUCGAGGAGGCUAUCCAGAAGGCCAUCCGCGGUAUCGACUUCCACAACUUGGGCUUCAAUGAGACUCCUGCCCUCAUGUCCAUCGAUGACGAGCUCCAGACGCCGUCUGACCAGCGUCUCUUCGCCAUCGCCAAUGCCAUGCACGCUGGCUAUAGCGUCGACAGGAUCUGGGAGCUCACCAACAUCGACAAAUGGUUCCUGAACAAGCUCAAGGGCUUGAGCGAUUUCGGCAAGCAGAUGUCGCAGCUGAGCACGGCCGACAUUGUCAAGCAGCCUGGCCUCCUCCUCCAAGGCAAGCGCCUUGGUUUCAGUGAUCGCCAGCUCGCCAAGUUCCUCGACUCGAACGAGCUUGCUGUCCGCCGCAUGCGCGUUGAGGCUGGCAUCACACCUUUUGUCAAGCAGAUCGACACCGUCGCGGCCGAGUUCCCGGCUUUCACCAACUACCUCUACCUAACCUACAAUGCCUCUGCCCACGACAUUGAGUUCAAGGACAAUGGUGUCAUGGUGCUGGGAUCUGGUGUCUACAGAAUUGGUUCUUCCGUCGAAUUCGACUGGUGUUCAGUCAGGGCCAUCCGUACUCUCCGAGAGUCUGGCUACAAGACGGUUAUGCUUAACCACAACCCGGAGACUUUGUCAACUGACUACGACGAGGCCGACCGACUGUACUUUGACAACAUUACGAUCGAGACUGUCAUGGAUAUCUAUCAGGUUGAGGGCUCCCAAGGUGUCCUGGGAGCCAUGAGCGGACAGACCCCCAACAACAUCGCUCUUCCCCUUCACCGUGCCGGAGUUAAGAUCCUUGGCACUUCGCCCGAGAUGAUUGACCGUGCAGAGAACCGUUACAAGUUCUCUCGCAUGCUCGACGACAUUGGUGUGGACCAGCCGACAUGGAAGGAGCUGACCAGCUUCGAGGAAGCCAAGGCCUUCUGCAACAAGGUCGAGUAUCCCGUCCUGGUCCGGCCAUCCUACGUCCUGUCCGGAGCUGCCAUGAACACUGUCUACUCCGAGGCCGAUCUGCAGACGUACUUGGCCCAGGCCGCCGAGGUUUCGCAGGACCAUCCCGUCGUUAUCACAAAGUACAUUGAGAACGCCAAGGAAAUCGAAAUGGACGCCGUCGCCAAGGACGGAACAGUCAUCGGCCACUUCGUCUCUGAGCACGUCGAGAACGCUGGUGUACACUCUGGUGAUGCUACCCUCAUCCUGCCUCCCCAGGAUCUGGAGCCCACCACCAUCAAGCGCAUCGAGGAAGCUACCCGGAAGAUCGGUGACAAGCUGAACGUUACCGGCCCUUUCAACAUCCAGUUCAUUGCCAAGGACAAUGACAUCAAGGUCAUUGAAUGUAACGUUCGCGCCUCUCGCUCGUUCCCCUUCGUCUCCAAGACGAUGGGUGUUGAUCUCAUUGAGCUUGCCACCAAGGCCAUCAUGGAUCUACCCUACACAGCCUACCCACCCACCACAAUCCCUCCUGAUUGCGUCGGUGUCAAGGUUCCCCAGUUCAGUUUCUCGCGUCUUUCAGGCGCUGAUCCUGUUCUUGGUGUCGAGAUGGCUUCCACUGGCGAGGUCGCCUGCUUUGGUGCUGACAAGUACGAGGCUUAUCUCAAGGGUCUCAUCUCCACCGGAUUCAAGAUGCCUAAGAGCAAUGUUCUCCUGUCUAUCGGCUCGUACAAGGACAAGAAGGAGAUGCUGCCUUCCGUGCAGAAGCUGCAGAGACUCGGUUACAAACUCUUUGCAACGGCCGGUACCGCCGAUUUCCUGCAGGAGCACAACAUCCCAGUUCAGUUCUUGGAGGUCCUCGGCAAGGAAGAGGAUGAGCAGAGAUCCGAGUUCUCCCUGUCUCAGCACUUGGCAAACAACAUGAUUGACCUGUACAUCAACUUGCCGUCGAGCAACAGAUACCGCAGACCCGCCAACUACAUGAGCAAGGGUUACCAGACUCGCCGCAUGGCUGUCGACUACCAGGUGCCCCUUGUCACGAACGUCAAGAACGCCAAGAUCCUCAUCGAGGCCAUUGCGCGGCACUUUGAUCUGGAGGUCAGCAACCGCGACUACCAGACAAGUCACCGCACGGUUACGCUGCCCGGUCUUAUCAACGUCGCAGCUUUCGUGCCUGGCAUCGUCAGCCAGGGCAGCCAUGACCUUCAGACUGUCACCAAGGCAUCCAUUGCCUCUGGUUUCAGCAUGGUCCGUAUCCUGCCCGUUGGUGCUGAGGGAGCCAUCACCGAUGCCCGAACCCUCAAGCUCGCUCAGCAACUCACUAAGCGCGGAGGAUUCUGCGACUUCAACUACUCCGUCACUGCUACUUCGGACAAUGCUGAUCAGGUCAGCCAGGUGGCUCACGAGGUGGCUUCGCUUUUCGUUCCCUUCAACCACUUCUCUGACAAUAUCAGCAAGGUUGCUGCUGUCAUCGCACACUUCGACUCGUGGCCUUCUGACAAGCCCAUCGUCACGGAUGCCAACACCACCGACCUUGCCUCCAUCUUGCUCCUCGCAAGUCUGCACAACCGCAAGAUCCACGUCACCAACGUGACUGGCAAGGACGACAUCAAGUUGAUUGCGCUCAGCAAGCUCAAGGGUCUGGCUGCCACCUGCGAUGUCUCGAUCUACUCUCUCUAUCUUACCCGCGAGCAGUACCCUGAGUGCAAGGCGCUGCCAACUGCCGAGGAUCAGGCGGCCCUCUGGGAGCACCUUGCCACCAUUGAUGUCUUCUCUGUUGGCAGCUUGCCUUACCAGCUGGCUCGCACCAUGCAGGGCAAGACUGGUGCUCAGAGCAUUGAUCCUGCGGCAGGUGUUGCAGAGGCUCUGCCUCUGCUCUUGACUUCUGUCACAGAGGGUAAGCUCACCAUUGAUGAUAUCAAGCUGCGCCUGUACGACAACCCGAAGCAGAUCUUCGAGCUCCAUGAGCAGGUUGGCACUUCCAUUGAGGUCGAGGUUGACCGCGCAUACGCGCUGGCACCCAAGGCUCACUGGUCGCCUUUCACUGGCCGCAUCCUGCGUGGCGCGGUUCAGCGGGUCACUUUCGAGAACAAGACUGUCUGCCUCGACGGCAAGGCCCUGCCCAUCUCUGCCAUGGGUCAGGACAUGUCCUCUCACCGGCGCACUGCUGCUCCUCUCUCACCGCCCAUGAAGGCUCAGAUUCCUCCUUUGUCCUUCACUCCGGAUUCUGGCCGUGACCGUCGCCAGUCCAUGAGCCAGCAGCAGCUUAGCACCAGGCCCAAGGUUCAUGACGGUCUUGUUGGUGGCCUGCGACAGAGUUUGAGAAGCCCUAUCGCCACGGAGGAGCUGAGCUUGACUACACCUGUGCACCUUUCGACUUCGCGCCUCAACGACCUGCUGGCCCAACACUCCUCCUUCAAGCAGGCCCACGUGUUGUCAGUCAAGCAGUACUCAAGAGCGGAUCUGCAUUUGCUCUUCACCGUCGCUCAGGAGAUGCGUCUUGGUGUUGAUCGUGAGGGUGUUCUGAACACCCUCCGUGGUCGUGUCAUGUGCACGUUGUUCUACGAGCCGUCCACCCGCACUUCGGCUUCGUUCGAUGCUGCCAUGCAGCGCCUUGGUGGGCGCACGAUUGCCAUCUCUACCUCGACCUCAUCUGUGCAGAAGGGCGAGACACUGCAGGAUACUCUGCGCACACUGGCAUGCUAUGGUGAUGCUGUGGUGCUUCGCCACCCCGAGGAGACCUGCGUCAAGGUUGCUCAGAAGUUCAGCCCCGUUCCCGUCAUCAACGGCGGUAACGGUAGUAUGGAGCACCCCACUCAGGCCUUCUUGGACUUGUUCACCAUCCGUGAGGAGCUUGGAACCAUCCAGGGCCUGACUAUCACUUUCGUUGGUGACCUUCUCUACGGCCGUCCUGUCCACUCGCUGGUCUACCUGCUGCAGCACUACGGCGUCAAGGUUCAGCUCGUCUCGCCCAAGGCGCUUGCCCUUCCGGCCGAGGUCCGCGAGCUGCUGGUCUCCAGCGGUCAGUUCCUCUGCGAGUCGGAAGAGCUCACACCCGAAAUAGUCGCUAGAAGCGAUGUUCUCUACUGCACUCGUGUGCAGAAGGAGCGCUUCCCCUCUCUCGAGGAGUUUGAGAAGGUCAAGAACUCGUACAGGAUCGACAAUGCCACCCUCAAGGACGCGAAGCAGAGCAUGUGCGUGCUGCACCCUCUGCCUAGGAACGAUGAGGUUGCGGAGGAGGUUGAUUACGAUCAGCGUGCUGCGUACUUUAGACAGAUGCGUUAUGGUCUUUACUGCCGCAUGGCUUUGCUGGCUCUUGUCAUGUCCCACUAG